GCGUGCACUGCGGCAGCGGUAGAACCGGGCGAGUCUGAGGAGAGGAGGCUGUGGGUGUGGUUGUGGCUGUUGGUAAGCGGUUGUCGCCGGUGGGCUCUCCGGUCUGUUUCCUUUGGGGGAAGGAGACUGAGGAUGUCGAGAAGCUUCUCUGACACAGGGAGCAAAAAAGAACAUGUCAAAAUCACAAGUGAGGCCAAGCCAGGGUUCCUGGAGAGGCUCAGCGAGACUUCUGGAGGCAUGCUCGUAGGACUUGGGACAUUUCUUCUGUCCUUCUACGUUCUUUUUACCAAUGAAGGACGAGCUUUGAGGACAGCUAAAUCUCUUGACGAGGGUCUUUCUCUUGUGAUCCCUCUUGAUAGCAUUCACAGUGUGUCUCAGCAGAAUGAGGGAAGACUAGUGCACUUAGCUGGCGCUCUGAGCACAUCAAAGCCUUUGUUUGAUCCCAGCUAUGGGCUGUCCAUCCAGGCUGUCAAGCUUAAGCGCAAUGUGGAAAUGUACCAGUGGGUAGAAUAUGAAGAUUCCAGGGAGUAUGAAGAAAACGGUGAGAUCAAGAAAGAGACAAAGUAUUCAUACAAUACUGAAUGGAAAUCCGAAGUUGUGAACAGCAGGAAUUUUGAUCGAGAAAUAGGACACAAAAAUCCUAGUUGGGAGAAAUUAGGUGUAUGUAGGCUAGAUGACAGUUCAAAGCUGCCUGAUGGAACCAGAAUCAUUCUACUUGUGGGAGACCUUCGUGUCUCGUUCUUCUAUGCUGGUCUGAGUGGACAUGACCCCCAUUUGGGCCCAGCUGAUAAGGUGACUGUGGUUGCUCGCCAGAAAGGUGAUCAACUUGUUCCAUAUCACACAAAGUCUGGAGAUGUUCUGCAGAUUCUUUACUCUGGGGAUCUCUCUGUAGAGGAGGUGUUUCAGAAAGAGCAUGAGAGCAACACCAUAAAGACCUGGGCCCUCCGUGCAGCAGGCUGGCUGGCAAUGUUUGUAGGUGUCAGCCUAAUGACCCGGAUUGUUUACACUUUGGUGGACUGGUUUCCUAUUGUUCGAGAUCUGGUUAGCAUCGGGUUGAAAGCUUUUGCCUUCUGUGUGGCCAGCUCGUUGUCACUUCUGACUGUCUCCAUUGGCUGGCUCUUCUACCGCCCUCUCUGGGCUUUGCUGAUCGGAUUGCUCUCUGUUGUUCCAAUUGUGGUCGCAAAAUCCCGCAUUCCACCAAAGAAGCAUCAGUGAGAAAGAGGUGGGGCACCUUGUGUGUUAUGGAGAAAGUGCCAGCUUCAUCACGUGGACUGAUGUGAAAUCCUUAGGAAAUACGUGUGUGUACCUGCAUCUGACAAUCCCUCCCUCUGCUACCUUUCCUCACGUGUACAAUCAUGUAUACUUCUUUGGCUAAAGUAUUUGAAAGUGCAUUGUUAAAGGAAAAAUAACUUUUGAGCAGUACUUUAGUAAUAUGUGUGCUUUUGGGCUGAGGAUUUUAAAAGUAACUUGGAAUCUCAAGCGUCCAGGUUAGCAGUGCUGUGAGGCAGGGAAGAUAAGGCAGAAAGCAGUGACUUUCCUCAACUUUUUAAAAAGUCUCUGAAGCUGUUCUUGGUUAAGCACCCAAAACGGUAGAGUUCUAUAAAAACAUUGAGUGGACCUUAUUUAAGGAGAUACUCAGAGGUCACUCGCCUUUAACUUUAAAAAUAAAACCUGCUGCCUUGAACCACGGUUGAUCAACUUCUGUAACUGAAUGCAUAUUCUUUAAAAUAUUUGGUGUUUUGCUGUAUGUAGUUUGUUUUUUUGAAUUUCACUUAGCAAGAACAAUGAAAAUGUUCCCUGAAAUUAAAUAAUGAACAGAUUUUUGCCUGAUUAGAUUUCGUAGACUUAGUAGCUUAAAUUUUAAGCUUCAUAUCAUGUUAGAAGAACAGCUUCCUGUAGCGUUGCAAUGGCUCAUGCUUACAGGCUUCUGCUGUAAAUAGAUCUUCAGGUUAGAGGCGAUCUUGUAGUGUUUUGAAGUCUCUCUAGCUAGUUUGGCUUCCAGAUGUGCCCUACCUACACUUUUUUUCCUUCUGUAAGUACACAUAAUUCAGUACAAAAAUAAUGUCUUCAGUGAAUGCAUUUUUGAAGCCGAAUUAGGAUUGUAUUCUCCAUACCAAAGGGAAUUUGCUUCUACGUAUGUUCAAAUUAAUGUUUCCUAAAAACGUUAUGACAAUAGAGGUCAGGUUUAUAAAUCACAAACGUUUUGAGAUGUAGUAAUUUAUAUUAUUAACGUCAGUUACCUUUAAUUCUUUUCAUUCCUGUAGUCUAAUUCAGAUUUUCAAUUUCACCCUGUUCUGCUGGUGAAAGUAGUGGUAGUGAAGUGAAAGGUUGUAGGCAGGACAUGAAGCUGACCUGUGGUAAUGACCCUGGGUGGUCUCUAUCUGCUGCUCUCUGACUUUUUUUUCCGUGCACGCCACUGGGGAGAAAAACAAAAGUUUUGAACAGCUGUUCUACCCUUGAUGCAGGAAACUAACCAGCAUUACCAUAUUGGAGAUGAAGGUACAAUUUUCUACAGAAGCGCUGUGCUUUUUGUAUAUUUAAUAAAAUACAAUUUUCAGAAG